AUGGGCUCUGUCGAUAUGUCUUCAGUCUUCAAGACAUUGGCGGCAAGGCUUGACAAGGACCCCGGCACUCCAGUUGAAAAUGCGACAGCAUCUUUCUGGCAAGACCCUCCUCAUUCAUUCGCAACCCAGCAAUCAGCAUGUCUGCCAGAGGAGACCGACGUGGCCAUCAUCGGUUCUGGGAUUACCGCCAUUAGCACGGCAAAACAUCUACUGGAGUUGCAACCGUCGACGAAGAUUUCCAUGCUUGAAGCAAGAGCGGCCAUUUCCGGAGCCACAGGUCGCAAUGGAGGUCAUAUCAAGGCAGUUCCGUGGACGGACUAUUACGCUCUCAAGGAAGAAUACGGCAAGGAAAGUGCCAUGAGAAUCACCAAGUUCCGACUUGCUCAUCUGGAUGCCCUGGUGAAAGAGGCUGAUGCUCUUGGUGAGGCAGGCAAGGCUGGUUUGGUGAGACGGGUUGAGGGCGUAAGUGCAGUCUACGACCAAGAGGCAUGGGACUUGGCCAAAAUCAAGCUUGAGAAAUGGCUCGAAGACUUUCCUGAACAACGCGAGCGCUGGACGGUUGUAGAGGGAGCUGAGGCGCUCAAGCAAUUGGGCAUCGCCAACGCAUACGGAGCAAUCAAAGGGCCUUCGGGAGCAGCGUGGCCGUACCGGUUUCUUGGAUGCAUCCUGUCGCAAUUGUUGGCGGGAGGACAGCUCUCUCUGGAAACCAACACGCCGGCUCAGGAAGUUCGUCGAAGCCAUUCGUCAACCCAUCCAUAUGAAGUAGUGACAUCGAGGGGCGUGAUUCGAGCCAGACAUGUCAUUCAUUGCACCAACGGCUUCGCCGCACAUCUGCUCCCAGCUCUGCGAGGCAAGCUCUGGCCGUUAAGAGGCCAGAUGACAGUGCAGGCUGUACCUCCAGAGUUCCCACGAGCCGGGGACAAAAGGUCUUGGAGUACCAUGUGGGCGAGAGGCUUUGACUACAUUACACAGUCGCCCGGUGAAGAUGGAUCUUUGUAUCUUGGUGGCGGCUUUCUCCAGGGCGGUCCAGAGAACGACGAGGACUUGGGCAACACCGACGACAGCCAGCUUAGUGCACAGUGUCUAAAGCACCUGGGAACUGUGCCCUCAAGAGCUUUUGUCCAUGGUUCAGGCACCAAAGUCGUGAGGAAAUGGACCGGCAUCAUGGGGUUCACUGGGGAUGGGCUACCGCUCGUCGAUCGGGUCAAUCGACACUUUUCCGGGCGAGAAGACUGCAAUCCGGGCGUUGGCGGCGAAUGGAUAGCUGCCGGUUGGGACGGUUAUGGAAUGGUUCAUUGUUGGCUUUCUGGCAAGGCCCUUGCGAUCAUGGUGGCUGGCGACAAAGCCGAUCUCCGUGACUGGUUCCCGAUGAACGAGUUUGCGUGCACCAAGGAGAGGUUGGACAAGAUGAGCCCGGAAGGUGCCCUUGAACGUUUCCUUGGUCGACUGGAAACGUAG